AAUCCUGAAAAAAAAGAAUUUAUGAAUUAUUUCAUGAGUUUUUUUCGUUAUUUCAAGAAAUAUGUAUAAAAAAAUAGCAAUAUAUAAAAACAUAUUAAUCAUUAUGACUUUAAAUUACUAUUCAAAUUUCUAUCUUAUGCAUCGACAUUAAUUUUUAAGUUAUGAUAAUGAAAUCUGAUAUCAAGAGUUAUCUAAUAUUAGAAUAAAGUAUAUUGUACUUAAGAUGUGUGUAAACAAAAAAUCCCCUAAAUAAUCCGUAAAAUAAAGAAAUUUAUGAAAUCCGUAUAUGUAUAUUGAUCAAAAAAUUUAGUUCUUUCUAGCUUAAUCUACUUAAAUGUAAAAGCCAAAAUUUUGACUUUUGCAUUUAAGUAGAUUAGGCUAUAAAGAAACAAUGGAUCUUUUUUUAUGGAAUACUUCGGCAACUAGCAUAUGAUAAUAAAUUGCAAAUCGACGAAAGUUAUGUUGGUCAACGGUAGAAAACCAGUAGAAAACGAAAUCGGAAAUAGCUCGCAACACGAAUAUUAUUAUCACGAAAAUAACAAGAAAUGAAACGAUAUCAUAAUAGGUUGCAGUAUCUCCCAGAAAAGUUUAAUAUAUAAUAUAUAAUUAAAAUAACUCACUCUGAUAAUAAUAUACUCUAAAAAAAUUUAUUUCCAUUUCUAUCUGUAAUCUAACGUUGAAUAGAAGAAAACAGAGAAAAAAUUAAUACAAAAAAUCCUAUAAAAAUUUUUUCAUUCUUUUAAAUUCUGUUUUUUAUUCGUUUUUUCAAGCACAGAUACAUACAGUUAUUUUAGAAUCUAUGUUAAACCAAGUAAAUAUCGAUCAAAUACUAUCGUAUCUAAAUGUAUAAACUAAAUCAGAUAACUUUGAAUUGAUUAUGUACAUGUAUGUAUUAAAUCUAUAAAUAAAAAUUAUUUUAAAUAAAAUCUAUAAAUUUAUUUUUCUUUUUUAUGGCUACAUUUUUAUGAUAAAAAAUAAAAAAAAUUUAUUACCAUUGCACUUUGCAAACAAUAUAUAUUAAAUUACAAUAAUCAAUAUAGAAUUUUUUUUUUAAAUACUUUUUGAAAAAACUAGCCUUACAUCAAACCACUUAGUUGAUGGAUUAAUUGAUUUAUAAUAAAUAUGCCUUUUUCCAACCCAAAAUUUUCUUCUAUCUUAAAACUUUUAUCAUGAAAGAACAACAGAAUUUCCCACAAAAAUCUCCAUCUGUAAUUUACCUGAAGCCAAAAACAAUUAAUAUAUAAUACAAAUUUUAGGACAUUUUCGUUAAAAAGGUUAUUAGCUCGUUAAGUAUUAUUAUACGUAUAUAUAUGCCAGAAAGAUAAAAUAAAAGAUAAAAUAAAAGUUCAUGAACUCUAUUUAUAUGUUAAUAAAAUUUUUCAAGCAGAAACAAGAUAUUUCUAUUCUAUCGUUUUAGGAUAUAAUGUUUAAGUAAAAUUUGAAAUUUUAUAUACAUAUACUACAUGUAAAGUAUGUACGUACAAUAGAAUGCACGUAAAUUUGCAAUCUGUCAUCCUUGCAGAUAAAAGCUUAAUGUUGCACGCACGAUUUGUUUGCAUAAUGGAUCGAUAACACUAAAACAUGUUAUAUAUUGUUCAGACUUAUACAUAGAAUGUUUUUUGUCCUCAAACGGUUAUUUUUGCUAUUGUAACAAGAGCACAAUUUAAGAAACUUGAUAUUAUGUAUUUGUGCAGAGAAACUCUAUAACAAUUUCUAUUUUUUGUCAUAUUAUUAAUAGUUUUAUAUUAUUUUAUUUUAUUAUUUUGCUCUCCCUCAACACAUAUACCCUCAUAAUGCAACGAAUAUCAAGGUUCCACAUUUACUAAACAAUCUUGAAGGCACUUUAACUUUCCAUGAUACAUGCAAAUUUAAUUUUAAGAAUGUUACAUCUGAUAGUCUGAAUCUUCAUAUUAUAAAAAGAGAAUUCAAUAUCAAAGUUACUAUUGUUUGUUCUAUAAAAUAAAUCUUCUGAAAAAAUUCUUGUUAAAGAAAGAUUUGUAAAUCUUAAUUAAAUUUUUUGAAUAUAAAAUUUUAGUUUCUCCCACUUCUCUCCAAACCUUUUCGUAUAAGAGUGAGUUUUCUUGCUACCCGCGUGGGGGUAUAAAUAAACUGGCUCUGUGUUCAAUGACAAUUUUACGGAGUUAGACGACGAACGACACUCAAAUGGAUGACCGAUGUGCGAGCAUUUCAAAAAACCGUUGAGAACGUUACGUGUUUUGUGAGGAAGAAUUCUCUUUGAAUCUAUCAAUUCCCGAAUUAAAACUGCAAUAUGAAGCUUCAACAAUUUCAGUUAAGGCUCUAUCGAUUAUUAUCACGAUGGAUUCCGAUGCGUAUUUGGAUAUGCGUGAUGAUGUUUACCGCUUGCUGGACCAGCUACGCUUGUCGGUUACAAAUGCCUAUCCUGGUGGUGCCUAUGAUCGAGGAGGAUCCGAUAAAUGUCACGAACGGCCGUGCAUGCGUCUUCGAUGAAUCUCGACGACGUCGCGAUGUUGUUGUCAAUCCACUCGAUCCUGCCAGUUACCUGGACAAAUACGUUAUGGAUCUCGUUCAAGAGGAACGAGAUAGGAAAUUGCUUCAACGUCGCGCAGCGCAGCCAGUUAUAACACGACCACCAGAUGCACCUUUGGAGCUUUUUAGUGGCUUGCCAUUCGACUGGUCUCCGGUAAUGCGAGGCCAAUUACUGGCUAGCUACAGCUACGGUGUCGUACCCGGCAAUUUUAUCGGUGGCUGGUUGUCGUUAAGAUAUGGACCACGCCGGGCGAUUCUCUGGACGUCGCUCUUGGCUGCAAUAAUCUCACUAAUCAGCCCGAUCCUGGCACAGUGCCACUGGGGCGUGCUGCUGUUUUCCAGGAUCGUCAUCGGCGUCACUGGUGGUGUUACUUUUCCUGCGUGUCAUACUAUGGUAGCAAAGUGGGCGCCACCGAAUGAACGGGCGCGCAUGAUCUGGUCUUUGCUGGGUGGCACAUUUGGCACGAUACUGACAUAUCCGAUGAUAGCCGGAAUCGCAGAAUCCGUCAACUGGGAAUCCGGUUGGUACAUACCAUCCUUGUUAAUGCUAGUGUGGAUCUGCGUGUGGGCACUAGUUGCCUACGACUCACCCAUGGAACAUCCGGGCAUCACUGCCGAAGAAAAGGACUACAUUUUAACCGCUCAAGCGGGAUCGGUGCGCCCUGAAAAACCCCGGUGGAAACAAACCCCAAUACUACAAAUAUUAACGUCAGUGCCAUUUAUCAGUUUGGUGAUAUGCCACUUCGGGAAUCUCUUCUUGUUGUUCUUCUAUCAAAACUCGCUCAUGCUGUAUUUGACUAAAGCGCUAGGAUUCGAAUUGACAAAGGGUGGCGCGGCGGCCGGUGCACCGUGGGGCGCCAGGAUGCUUUUCGGAUUCUUCUUCAGUUGGGCGGGUGAUACCAUCAAGAGGAGACAGAUCAUCAACGUCACCCUCCUGCGUAAACUCGCGAUGAUAUUCUCGCAUUUUAUACCGGGCGUCUUCUUGAUAUUGGUCGGUUACGUUGGAUGCAAUUUUAUACUCGCAAACGUCUUUCUAUUCCUGGCACUAGGCUUCAACGGCGCUGCCCUUAUCUCCAAUCUGUCGAACAAUCAGGAUCUCGCGCCAAACUUUGCUGGCUUUCUUUACGGUAUUAUGAAUACAGUCGGUAGCACUUCUGGCAUGAUUAUCCCGCCAAUAGUCGAAGAAAUAGCCGGAAAACACGGAAAUCCGAUCGAAAGGUGGCAAAUACUCUUCUGGAUCGGCGCUGCAGUGUGCAUUGGGAGUAUGGUUGUAUUUAUGUUCGGAGGUAGCGGUAAUAUACAGAAAUGGAACGAACUUCGACCUCUUGAGGAACCAAAAGAAAACGUGGAGGCUGGGACAACUAGGUUGGAGCCCAUCGAAAAAAUUCCGCGAACUUAAUUAAAAGUUUUAAAGAAUCUUCACAAUGACACGUCGUGAAUAUGAUACGAGAAAAAAAUUUAAUUAUUGACAAUAAAUGUUCCUAAAUGCAAGAAUGUUGGAAACAUUUUUAAAAAAAGACUGAAAAAUUAGAACUUUUUGAAAAGGAUUCGAAAAAUGAAAAUUAUGUGAAGAGGCAAGACUUAAAAAAAAUAUUUGAGACACUAAGCUGUUAAAAGACUGUCCCAAAUAAAAAUAUUUGAGAGAUGAUUAAGAUCGAAGCAUUUUAAAGAAUGAGUACGAUUUAAUUAUAUCGCAUAUUAUUCCUUUGCAUGAUUUCAUGUUCGUUAUUUAUCUACUUUUGCAUUUGACUAUGUUUCGUUAAACUUCUUUAUACAUAUAUUUAUUAUAUUAUGAUCAUUGUAUAGUUGAAUAAAGAAUUAUUAUUCCUUUUA